AUGGUAAACCUUUUACUUCUCUUGACCCUUUUCACGAGUGUAUUUGCUGGUAAUUUUACCAUCGGAAAGGAUUCGUAUCUUCUCAACAACCAGCCCAUUCAGCUCAUCUCCGCUGCUUUCCACUAUUUCAGAGUCCAUCCAGAUCGCUGGGAGGACACCUUCAAGAAGCUGGCCAACGCAGGUAUGAACACGGUCGAAACCUACAUUGCUUGGAAUAUGCACGAGCCGGAGCAGGGACAGUUUCAAUUCGAGGGGGCCAACGAUCUUAACCGAUAUUUGACCCUUGCUGAGAAGUAUAACUUUUUGGUCAUUGUGCGUCCUGGACCCUAUAUUUGUGCCGAAUGGGAGUUUGGAGGCCUUCCCUACUGGUUGCUCAAGGAGGAUGACAUCCAAAUCCGAACCAACGAUCCCAAGUACAUGAAACCGGUCACUGCCUGGUACAGCGUGCUGCUCCCCAUCCUGGCUCCCCAUAUGAUCACAAACGGAGGAGGCAUUAUCAUGGUGCAGAUUGAGAACGAGUAUGGAAGCUACCCUGCCUGUGACAAGGACUACUUGACGCAGCUCUACGACCUCACGGUUCAGUAUUUAGGUCCCGACACCACCUACGUCACCUUCACAACCGAUGGUCCCACCGACCAAAUGGUGACCUGCGGUCGUCUGGCCGGCAAGGCCUACAGCACCGUGGAUUUCGGUCCCGGCAACGCGCACAGCCAGCUGGCGGUGAUGCGGAAGUACGAGCCGGUGGGUCCUCUGCAGAACUCGGAGUUCUACCCGGGGUGGCUGGACCACUGGACGGAGAAACACCAGAAGACGGCGAUCCAGCCGAUCCUGGACACGAUGACGGAGAUGUACGAGAUGGGAGCCAAUUGGAACUUCUACGUGUUCAUCGGAGGCACCAACUGGGGCUUCAUGAGCGGCGCGAACGGCGGCGGCGAGCUGCUGCAGCCGCAGCCGACGAGCUACGAUUACGACGCUCCGCUGUCCGAAGCGGGCGACAUGACGGAGAAAUACAAAGCGAUCCGCGAUCAGAUCGGCAAGUGGAAGAAGCUGCCGCAGUACGACGUGCAGGACACGAAGAAGGCGAGCUACGGAACGAUCCGCUUCACGGAGCGCGCGUCGCUCUGGGAGAACUUGGAAGCACUGGACCGGCAGCCCGUGAAGGCCGAUCGUCCGUUGUCGAUGGAGAAACUGGGUCUGGACUACGGGUUUGUGCUGUAUCGCACGUCCAUCGUGCAGGGCGGCACGCUGCGAUUAGCCACCGUGCACGAUCGCGCGUACGUGUUCCUGGACCAAGCCUUCCUGGGACUCAUCGAGCGAGCGAACUGCUCGGUGACGGUGGAGGUUCCGGGCAGCGGCGUGCUGGAUAUCCUGGUGGAGAGCAUGGGCCGAUUGAACUACGGAGCGCAGAUGACCGAUCGGAAGGGCAUUCUGGGCGAUGUGACGCUGAACGGAGGCGUGCUGCAGGGAUGGGAGAUGAUGCGAUUGGGCAUGAAGGAUCUCUCCAAUGUGCAGUGGAAGCCAGUGAAGGAAGCGAACGAAGAAGAGGCGGAGCGAACGGGACCCGCCUUCUAUCGAAGUUUUGUGGAGAUUAAAGAGACGGCAGACACGUUCAUUAACCCCAAGGGAUGGACCAAGGGACACAUCUACGCCAAUGGAUUCAACUUGGGACGCUAUUGGACCGUGGGACCGCAGUUGACGCUGUAUGUGCCCGAACCGCUGUUGAGAAAGGGAACCAAUGAGUUUGUGAGUUUUGAGAUUCGUGGAACGGACAGACUGACCAUGUCCUUGGACGAUGUGCAUCAGAUUGAUAUUUAAGAAGAGAAAGAGAAGUGUGUAUUGUUGUUAGUGUUGUUUGUUGCA